AUGGCAAAGCUUCGAAGAGAUUCUUGCGAAAUGGAGAUGAAAAUGGUCAAUAAAGACUAUGAUACCUCUCCAGCUACUGACAUAGAACAGGAUCGUUACAAUUUUGCGUACGACUAUUCAGAAGGCUCAAUAAUAUCUGCUGAAGAGAAAGUACUUAUCCGGAAGCUUGAUAUGUUUGUGAUGCCUAUCAUUUGUAUUAUUGAUUUCAUUCAGUAUCUUGAUAAAGCUACGAUCAACUACGCUGGUGUAUUUGGAAUUCAGAAAGACUUGAAUCUCCAAGGAAGUGAAUUUAGUUUUUUGGGAUCAAUUUUCUAUCUUGGCUUCCUGAUCUUCCAGCUGCCAAACAAUUACUUCCUCCAACGCUUACCUUUGAGUCGCUACAUUGGUUCUCUUGUACUUCUUUGGGGAACAUCUCUUCUGUGUACCGCAUUUGCAACAAAUUUCUCUCAGGCUGCUGCUUUACGUUUUCUUCUAGGAUUGUUUGAAGCCGGGAUCUACCCAUGUCUGACACUACUGAUCAGUACUUUCUACCGCCGCUCAGAGCAGAUUACUCGACUCAGCGCCUUUUGGAUUUUCAAUGGGCUCGGAUUCAUAGUUGGAGGGUUUAUAACUUAUGGUAUCGGGCGAAUGGAGAAUUUACAUGGUCUUGCACAAUGGAAAUGGAUCAUGUUUAUUUUGGGUGGUCUUACUUGCUUAAUUGGAAUCGCCGUAUUUUUCUUCUUGAUUGAUCAUCCAAAGUCCCCUUAUUUGAAUCUAAAUGCCGAACAAGAGAUAUUGGUGGAAGAAAGAAUGCGCGAUAAUGCAGUGAUGCGAACCAGAAAUAUCAAGAAAGAACAUAUAUUUGAAGCUUUAAAAGACGUCCGAUGUUGGUGUUUCUGUUUUGCAUGCACGCUAUUGAAUUUGCAGAAUGGUGGUAUGACAGUCUACAGUAGUCAGAUCACUGUUGCCUUUGGUUAUACUGUAAGCUAUCAAGAUUUAUUGAAUCUUACAGUUCUAUCUACUGUGGGUAUUGGUGCUGCUGACAUUCUUUAUAUUGUUCUUGCUGUCUAUUUUGUCAAAAAGACCAACCAAACCAUCUACGUGGCGUGUGCUACAAUGUUCAUCAACAAUAUUGGUCUUUUAUUAUUGUUGGUAAUCCCUGUCCCGAAACUGAAAUUGAUCGGUCUUUACCUUGGAUGGACAUACCCGGCUGCUUAUGUUCUGAUACUUACUUCCAUUACGAACAACAUUUCUGGCUAUACCAAGAAAAUCUUUUUUAACGGUCUUUUUAUGGUAUUCUACACUAUUGGAAACUUUGCUGGUCCAUAUGUAGCCAGCAGCUCACCUGCUCCUCUCUAUCUUGGAGCAAUGAUUGGUUACAUAGUAGCCAAUUUUGGUGUGAUUGGUUUUUUGCUUCUCGCACGCUGGCGUAUGGCUACUGUGAAUGCACGCCGUCUAUCACAGCCCUCUACUAUGGCUACUAAUGUAGAAGAUGAUCUAACCGAUGUACAAGAUCCUAAUUUUAUCUAUCGAUUAUAA